UUUUUUCAGUGCCAGCAAAACAUAAUCUGGGACAAAGUGGGUUGCAUCACCGUUUAUAGCCAAUGCUUGGAGCCUGACAAGUGGGAAUAAUACGACUAAUUAACAUCAGGCAAAGAGCGACUACAAUUAUUAUAAUUUUGCUUAUAUAUAUAUUUUAAAUCACUCUCUUCUGUCAGUAAUUUAUAAGACCGUCAUUUGCACUUAAACUUGCUUGCACCCAGCAUCAAAGCAUAUAUAUAAAGUGUUUAGGAUGCUGCAGAAUGAAAUUAUUGUAGGUUUGACAGAUUAAUUGGGUUUUGUUAAUUGAUCCAUGCAUGUGUUGAAAGAGACUUUACUUUCACGGUAACUUUUCCCCGGCUACAGCUGCUUAGAAAAACGUUAUAAAUGUAUUCUCCUUAUACACGUAAAGACGUACCGCUCAGCAUAUCACGUACAGCUGUACGUAUAUAUAUACAUGGGUGAGCAGUAUCAGACUGCAUGUCUAUGUGUAUAAUAUAUAUCUGCGGUGCUUGGGCGCCACCAAUCUAAUCAUAAAUUUCAAAUGACAUUACUCGUCAUCCUCCAGUUUAAUCUUGGUAUUAAUUUCGUCCAGUUUACCUACCCCAUUUUUCUAGUUCAUAAACUCUCUUCACGGUCUGCAUGCUUCCAUUAGCGUUCUCAUUACGUCAGCAUAUAUAAUGCCACGCCCACACAGGGAGCAAUAAAUGGUUGUUUCAGACGCCCUAUCAGAAAGGAGUUUUAAACCUCCCUGUGUUUAAGAACUUUUUUCCAACUGUCAGAAAGUCAUAGAAACAAGUCAAAAAAUAGUAUUUAUAUUUUAUGCUUCGCAGACCCGAGAGUUGACCAGCGGCGGUGCGCAUGCUCGACAUGUGUCUCGUGCUUUCACAAUGCUCGUUGCAGGGCCCGCAUAUCAAACGUCUCGAAUGGCAUGCGCAGUAGUUCUUCGCUGAUUCUGGAAAUUUGAACGACUUCCGACGGUAGUCGGGUGGUCGUGACUUUCAAGGAACCAACUACUCAUCAAAAACUCUCACUGCUGACCACAAGUGGAUACUUAACCGUGUUUAUGGAUCCAAGAAUUGCUUGGUAUCCACCGGAACAUUUAGGACGCGCUUAUGAUCUAUGGACACGAGUCUGGGAAGCACAGCUAGGUGUGGACAUGAUGUUUCUGGACCAGAAAUCGCAAGAUUUCAUUCCCUUGGAUGGCACUUUCGAGCAUAAGCAACUCGUGUUACGCAACAUAAAAAACGCUGAAAAACAGCUUCAUAGCAAUGCACAAAAACGAAAGCGAGAAAAUCGAGCAAGCACAUAUGGCCUUAAUCAUUCAACAUACAAAGUCUAUUUGGGUGAAGAUGGCGGAUUGACACCCUGGAAACCCAAGCAGAAGGCGUCAUACGAAGGCAGCGUCAUUGGUCUUCAUGAGGAGAUAAAAGACUUCUUCCAGUAUAUGUCUCCACAGCCUGAAGAAGCCCGCAUGCGCAAUGAAGUAGUCGGCCGCAUCGAAGCAGUUAUAAAAGAAUUGUGGCCUGAAGCAAAAGUUGAAAUUUUUGGCAGUUUUAGAACUGAUCUUUAUCUUCCAACAAGUGACAUUGACCUAGUAGUGUUUGGUCAGUGGAAGAACUUGCCACUCUGGACACUGCAGGAUGCCUUGCUGAAGAGGAAGAUUGUAGAGAAUGAAAAAAUCAAAGUCCUUGACAAAGCUUCAGUGCCUAUUGUAAAGAUGACAGAUGCUGCAACAGAGGUGAAAGUCGAUAUCAGCUUCAACAUGGACCACAACAAUGCCAAUGGUGUAGAGAGUGCACGACUUAUCCAGAAAUUUCUACAAGACUAUCCAAAUUUGAAGUACCUGGUGCUGGUCCUGAAGCAGUUCCUUCUGCAGCGCGACAUGAAUGAGGUAUUCACUGGUGGUAUCAGCUCCUACAGCCUGACACUUCUGGCCAUCAGCUUUCUUCAGCUUCACCCUCGACUUGAUGCAGCUACUCCUCAGGCUAAUCUUGGUGUGUUGCUUAUCGAGUUCUUUGAACUUUAUGGUCGAAACUUCAACUAUAUGCGGACUGGCAUCCGCAUCAAGGAUGGUGGUGCAUAUGUUCCGAAGGAGGAGAUAACUAAGGAAAUGGAAAAUGGCCACAGACCAUCACUUCUUUGCAUUGAAGACCCUCUCAAUCCAGGAAAUGACAUCGGACGCAGUUCCUACGGUGCCAUGCAUGUCAAGCAGGCCUUUGAAUAUGCCUUCCUAGUGCUAAGUCAAGCUAUGGCUCCAUAUAAUGCUCACCUUCUGAAGGGAAAUCAGAGCAUUUUAGGUAGGAUAGUGCGUGUGACCGAUGAGGUGGUACAGUAUCGUGAGUGGGUGAAGGAAAAUUUUCCUGUCUCACCAUUGCAUACCUACGUGUCUGUUGCUACUUCUAACUCCAACUGCAAUUCCAGCGUUGUGGAAUCACAAGUGUCUCACAACCACAAGACCACCACUUCAGCAUCAGAUUCAAGCCUUGCAGCAUCACAGAAGGCAGUUCUUCAUGGGGCCAGUAGUCGUAGCAGCAGUGCAGACACUUAUUCAAGCCGAAACCAAGUGGGAUCAGACGUGGUGAUGGAGGAAGGAUCCGCACCACUGGCUGACAGCGAGAACUCAGAUUCUGGCGGUAACAGCUCUGGUUACAAAUCUUCUGCUUCCUCCUCUGCAUCACCUCCACCCAGUGAUAGCAGCGAUUCGGAUUCUGAGAGUGUAGCAAAUUCUGUGACUCAUUCUCAUCAUCACCAUCAUUCAGCUCGGGGUCACGGUGCAAGUACCAAGGUUCAAAGCCAGGCCUCGCAUUCUGCUGUGGCAUCCAUGGGCCCCAUGAUUCGAAGCCGUGAAGUCCAUAAAGCUGUGUCCCAGAGAACAGGACCGAACCCAGCACGAUCACGGGAUGCCAGCAAUUCAAGUGUUGGUUCAAACCGUUCCUACAGCUACAGCACUGCUGCUACUAGGCCUAGUCCCUCUUUUUCUGCCCUUGGGUCUGGGGGAUUCUCCCAUCAUAGUGCACACGGUCACCCUCAUCAUCACCACCAUCAGCAGCAGCAGCAGCAGCAGCAGCAGCAGCCAACUCUCGGUGCAUCUGUAGAUCACUAUAGCACCACAAGGGAGGUCCGACAUUCCACUACAUACAACGCUAGUGGUGGUGGCCAUCCAAAAGGCUUCCACGGACAAAUGCAGUCCAAAAUAUAUCAUUCAAAUGAAAGGAAGAAACGCAAUACUGGUGGAAGUGGUAAAAAUAAUGUAAAUAAUUCCCUGAAUACUGGCUCUCACAUUAACAACCACAGCCGUCCACAUCACCAUCGGAGGGAAAGUUCACAGAACAACAACAGCCAUAGGUGAUGAUUAAGCAGCAGGGUUUUCCGACCCUAGCCCGACUAGACUUUGCCACCUGCCUCACCUGUUACCACCCUCCUGUGCAGACUGCAUUUGGGCAUUUUACAGUGUGGGCUGUCAUUUGAACAUCGGUCCACACAUAGACUGACAUAUAGAUAUAUACAAAUACUUAUAUCUGCAUCGGAGGGAUGUCUACUCAUGUUCAUCUAGUCGAUGUUUAGGCUGCUGAGUAGUGUGCAGCGAUACAUGAUCAGCAGAUGUCUAUAUUUUUUUUCUCUCUCCUUCCUUGUGAUAGCAGAAGCAUGAAAGGACGAGAUUUCCCCACAAGGAGUGUUUGAAGUGUAUGCACAUUUUAUAUAUGAGGUGGUUUUAUAAAGUUGUGAGAGGUUUUUUUUUUUAAAUCUCCUAACGUUACAGAUACCCUUUUUUUGUUUGUUUGGUUUUUUUAUAUAAAAAAAAGCUCUCCCUCCCCUGGAAUGCAUCCAUUUGCAUUGAAGGUUUUGAAAAACAUUUAAAAUUUGGGCAUGUUCAUGCCGUCGGGUGUAAAUUCUAGGGAUUGGGUUUGCUUUCUCUGAAGUAUUCUCUCUGGAUUUAAAGGUGUAGCAUCAUGACUUUUUAUCAUCUAACAGACAGUGUAGAGGACCGUUUGUUUGCUUUUUCUUCAAUCUUUUGCUACUCCAGUGUGCCUUGUGCUUGUGCAGCGGGUAUGUUUCCAAUAUAGUCAGGUGUGCAUGCAGGUCACUGAACCCCAGAAGAUGGUCUGCCACUGGAGCAGUAAGGGCGAGUAAUUAAGUUGGAGAAACAGGUACAGAUGCUAAUUCUCUCCCUUGGCCUGCUGGUCCCUCCCUUGUUAAUGAAAAGCAGCAGUCAGCUACAGGUAACUGAUUGUGGGUGGAGCAAAAAUCAGCUUCAAGCCGACACACAAUGUUUUGGACCUUCCAGACUAGUGCAGAUAUUACAAAGCACUGAAAGAAUUUCAUCUUUCUUCAUCAGCUUGUGAUAUUGUUGAAAUGGAUGUGAGUGAAAUAUGUCUGCUUUCAUGUUACGGUAUGGUGUUUCGUAAAUAAUGGUGUAAGUCCAGUGAGUAGUUGUGAGUGAUGUUUUGUGAAGCAGAAAUUUUUUUAUCAAGGUCUAGCUUGUUUUUAUCUCUCUCUAAUGUCCAGUCAAAUCAAAGAAUGUAAGGGAUGUGUUAGUGGUUAGAUUCUCACAUUAGCAAUGUCAAUGAUUGUAAACAAAGGAUUUUGUUUGUAGAGUAAAAAUAAGUCUAGCUGUGUAUUUGUAAAUGCAUACUGCACAAAAAUAUAAAAAAAAUAAUAAAUUGAGGGUAUUUGUACAUUUCUAACUCAAAAAAUAAUAGCUGGGUUCCAUCCCUUAACCCUCCUUAAAAAUAAAAAUGAAGCUUGUAUAUAUGUUUAUAAAUGAUGUGCUGUUGUAUUCUGGAUUAAGCCAUUUCAUGCACGUAGGUUAUAUUCACAUGCAAGAAAAAACACUGAGAUGCAUGCAUAUGCACAUGCUAAUAAAUGCAUGUACACAUAGCCUUGAGCGGUGGAGGAAAACUGUAAAAAACAAUUACGAUUUCUGUUGAUAGUGGGAUGUUCAGUUUACCUGCAGCACUAUUUUUUCCCUUCCUCGGCAUAUGUGGGAGAGAUUCUUCCAUCCUUUGUUUUUUCAUGUAGCACACAUACUUAUUUUACGCAUGAUAGGUGUUUUCCAGAAUAUUGUCUAGUCUUCAUUAUCAUUGUUCUUCCAAGUGCUGUUUUAAGUUGGGUUUUUAAUGUGUCAUCCUAAAAAAAAAAAAAAAAACCAACCUCAUAAGUAUCAGUUUCAAAACUGUAAUAGUAUUUGUCAAAGAUUAUGGCUGACAUCUGUUACUGAAUGACUUCAGACUGUAGACGUGCUGUUGUCAUCUUGCUAUAACCAACAGUGAUUUCAUUUGACCAAAGCUAACAGGAAAAUUAUGUCUUUAAGAUUUUGACAGUUUCCUUGAGCUGUUUUGAAACAAGACUGAGCAACAGUAGAUUAUAUACAUGUGUGACUGGAGUACCUGUACAUGAAAAGUCUGCCAGUUUAUAUUUGAUAGUGGAAGUAUUGUAUGAAAGGCAUAAGAAAUAGGUAAGAUUGGCCACUGAUACUUAAAACACAUCAACCUCAUUUUAAAACUUGUUUUGUAACAUUAUCUUAUAGGCUUGAAUCAUCAUGUCAUAAGAUUGUCAGAAUCCUUGUCAGGUUAUGUCAGAAUUGUUGGCAUUAAAGUAGUUUUGGUAAUUUGUAGACACACUAUUUUGCAUGAUAUCCACUCUUCAAGGGCCUUGUAAAUGCAAAUGUGUGCCAAGAUCUGAAAUGGUUUUCUUUUUCUAUGUGUUGCCUUUCCCUCCACAUCUUGUGACUUGCAGAAAAUUAACAUUAGUCAUAAUCUACAAGAUGAGCAGAAAAAAGUUUGGAUGAAUAUUGCAGCUUUUGUAUUUGGUCAGUAAUCAAGUUGGUGUCUUGAAAUUUUGAGACAUUUGAAAGAAGAUCCAUUUUAAGCAAAUUCCCAUUUGUAAUAGCCCUUUUUAUGCAUUUUCUUGAACAUGCCAAUUAUUUGUUGCAUAGUAUGGGUCACUGUCCUACCCUUGAUUUGUCAUUGCAGCCAUUUCAGGGGUGGUGAGAGGUGUGGGGUAUACAGUUCUGUAUUGUCUUUUGCAUGGUACACAUAAGAAAACUGCAAACUUUCAUGUGUUCUAGCCAGCUCUGUCUGUGCACAGUUGAACAUUGAUUUGCAGCUGAAAGCUAAAUUUGUUUGCUAUUAUCAGAUUUAACCUUUUUUCUUUGAUCUUGUUCUUAUUUCUGACUAUAGUCUCCCAACAAAAUUGCACUUAAAUUGAGGGAAUCUUUGAGGGAAUAUGUAUGUUUGCAUUGGGAUUGUAAAUAGGUACAUGUGUAUGUGUGUGUGUGAGAGAGAGAGAGAAUAAUAGACAGCUGGGGAAAUGGGGAGUAGGAAAGACAAACAAAAUAUGCUAAUAUGCAAUUGAUGAUCUCUUACGUCAUUAAACAAUUUUUUUUUCUAUUGUCAUCAAACCUAUUCAGCAGUGCACAUCCCUCUUUCAAUAUGAAUGUAGUUAACAGCACAUACUCUGCUCUUCUCCAUUUAGAUGAUGCAAUGGAAUAGUUUUAUGUAGCCUAGGUAUGUGUAGUAAAAAGGUCUAUCUGGGGUGUUGAAAUUCUUGUUUGAUAAAGGUUGUGUAGAUGCUGUUUGUGGAAGGUGGAUGAUUUCUCGCAAACUUUCACACUGAAAUUAUACUUGUCUUCAGUAGGAUUUUCCUGUUUCCUGAAAGUAGCACUUCUUAAUUGAUUGGCACAUUCCAUGCAUUUUUAGAGGUGGAUAUUAUGCUUGAAUAGUGUGUGUAUAGUACGUUAUAAUCUUUGAUUAGCUGUUUUCUCCCUAAGCUAAUAUCUUACAGGAAAGACAUUCACACUCCAUGCAGGCAAACAGCAACAUCUCAAGGUGAUGUGUAAGAGAAGCCAGGAAUGGCAUUCAUUUUAACUGUACAGGUUUUCUAACUGUUGAAGUACACAGAUCCUGUGUUAAAGGAGGAACCAUGCUUUGUAUGUCCAGAUGGUUUUUUAAUUAUUAAUUUUAAAGAUCGUUGAACACUGUCUUGUUAACACAAACACUCAUUUCUAAUAUUUGUGAACUGAGCAGAUGUCAAUGAUUGCUGCAGUUAUUGACUUCUCUGAAAAAAAUUUUUUAGUAAGUUGUGAAUGUAAAAUCUGUUUCUGAGUUUAGAAAACUGCUAUUAGCAUACCAUAUAAAGUUUUUAAUCAUUGUGCAUACCUAGGGAGGACAAUAGGUAAACACAUAUUUAGUGUAUUCUUAAUUUGGGAAGGGGGGCUUCUUAACCUUAAGGUAUAAAUUGGAACCUGUAUGUUUUAGCAAAUGUCAGGUUUAUUCAGAAAGAUUUUUCUUGGAAAGGUGCAUGUAUGUGUGAGAAAGUAUGCACAGAGGGAGUACUCUACCUUAUUCUGGUACUGUAAAACACCAUGUAGAAAGCAUAAAAACUAGCAUGAGCUGUGCUAGAAGGACACAGUCUCUGAAAUUAUCAUGUCCUUGGUGCUUUACUUUUCCUCCUCCCAUGAUUUGGGUAAAGUGAUCACAUUCUUACUAGUCUUUCUUUUUAACAGCAGAAGAAUGAUAGAAACUCCUGGUAAAUUUUUUUUCUCUCAUAAUUAGUUGGUGAAGAGUAGGUGCAAGGAAGAAUUUGUUUUUCAUAUUAUCUGCAUUCCAGUACAACCAUUAAUUUUUUUUCUUCCAUUCAUCCCAAUAAAAACUUGCAAGACUAACUGAAGUGCACAAUCAUUGUACAUUGACAGGGUUUAGUUCAUACAAGAUAAUUUUGACAAUUUGGGUCCCACCCCUGCCCCCUUGAAAAAAAUAGUAAGAUACAAACCUUUGAACAUCAGAAAUUUUAUGUGUGCAUUUUAGAAAGGAGCUAAUUUCUCGUGAGACCACAAAUCUGUUACUGCAACGCCUUAUUACCUUGUGCACAAAAUUCUCAUAUUGCAAGUACCUAUUACUUACAGAUUAGAAUUUUCUGGGUAUUUCUUUACUGUUUAAAAAAAAAUGCUUAAAAAUCAGUGCUUGUAACAAGCUGGUGACUAUGCUGUGUCAUGCUAACAUCAGCAACUUUGAAGUAAAACUUUUUUUUUUCCUUUCUUUCUUACUUUUUUUUUUCAUUUGUUUCACAUGAAUUUCCUGCAAACAUGAUAGUGAAGUGUUCUUUUUAAUAUAGAUGAUCUGUAAGUAGCAGUUUGUUUGCAGUUUUUAAAUGGGCUUUUAAAUAUAAAUAUGUGCAUCUGGACAUCAUACAAAGAGGCAGUGUAGAGAGUCUUUGAUAGACGCUUGAAGCUAGUGUUCAAAGGAGUUGGGUGGGGUUGAGGUGGCGGCGGGAGGAGCAUUCAAAAGAAGUGGAUAAAAGGUUUUAUAUUUUUGAGAGGCAUUCAUUUUAAGAACUUUUAAAAAAUUUUAUUUACCCACAAAAUCCACUCUUCACACUUGCACAUGAACAUUCCAUCAGGCAAUAUGCUGACAUUUUUGACUAAACAGUGUUGAAUAAAUUUUUCUCCGCAAAAUUUGUGUUGUCCAGCUUUUGAAAGCACCACCUGUCACAAAGAGGUGUGCCAUAUUUUUUUUUAAUAUUUUCAGAUUUUGUUAAGAGCAUAGUUUUUUCCCUCAGUCAUGUGUAGGUGUGUGUUUACCAGAACCAACUCUAUACAAUAUUUAUUUUUUCUGUUUGUUACUCAUCACUUUGGAUGUAUCUGACAAGAUUAUGUUGGGUAAUCGCUAACAUAUUUUGACAGUUGUAGUUAUGGGGUUUGUUUGUUUUUUGUUUUUUUUGUUGUAUGAAUUAUGCAUGGAUCUCUUACUGCUUGUAACAUCUGUGCUACUGCACAGUGUGCACACUUUGAACUGGUUAGAGAUACAUGGCACAUAUUAGGAAAGUUAAGGUGUGCUUGUAAUGUGCUUUGUAUUAAAAAAAAUAAUAGAGAACUGUUGAUUCAUAUUGAAUCAGUCCAACUUCUUACUGAAAUUUCUCAGAUGUUGAAGGCUCAAAUCUCUGAUACAAAAAUAGUAACAUCUGGGUUUUGCUUUAGAAGACUCUUCAAAUUGUGGCAAGGAAGUGGUUUCUGAAAGAAGACAGAUUACUGAGAAAGCUAGAAAUCAAAUUACAGAAAUUAAGGAAAAAAUUGUAAAAUGAGAUGACAUGAAAACUUUGACCUGUAGUUUUCCAAGCAUUGUACAGCUGUAUGCAUGGAGGGGGGGUUGAAGCUUGCCUGGAUAAUGUUUAUUGAGAAUGGAUGUGUUGAUUAUGAAAGGCAGGUGUGAUGAGUGAGUGACCGUUGGUGUCUACAAUUUGCCAUAGCGUCAGUGCUUUGUGCAAUAACAUUUGUAAAUGAUCAUUAUGUAAAUGCUUUUUUGACACAGUAAGACAUGAAAAAGCCCCAAUUAAAGUGUAAAAUAAAAAAAAAUGCAAAAAAUGUAAAAGUGGAAAAAAUAGAAUAAAAUUUCACACGAAAAAAUU